AUGGUGUGUGAGAAGGGGAUCCAGAUCCUCCUCACCACCGUGGGGGCGUUCGCCGCCUUCGGCCUGAUGACGGUGGCCAUAGGGACGGACUACUGGCUGUACUCCCGUGCCCUCAUCUGCAACAGCACAGCCAACGUCACCCAGGACGACCCCCACAACAAGGACAAGAAGGACCCCGGGGCGCUCACCCACUCGGGGCUGUGGAGGAUCUGCUGCCUGGAAGGAGUGAAGAGAGGAGUGUGUUCUCAGAUUAACCACUUCCCCGAGGAUGCAGACUUUGACCAUGACGGGGCAGAGUACGUCCUACGGGUAGUCAGGGCUUCCAACAUCUUCCCAAUCCUCAGUGCCAUCCUGCUGCUGAUGGGAGGAGUUUGCAUCGCUGCUAGUCGUUUCUAUAAGAGCAAAAGGAACAUCAUCCUGGGGGCAGGAAUCCUCUUCGUGGCUGCAGGUCUCAGUAACAUCAUCGGCGUGAUCGUCUACAUCUCGGCUGCGCUGGGCGACAUUUCUCCGAAGAAGGACGAGGACAAGAAGUGGCAGUACUCGUACGGCUGGUCCUUCUACUUCGGCGGUCUGUCCUUCAUCAUGGCCGAGAUGGUCGGCGUGCUGGCCGUCAACAUCUACAUCGAGAAGAACAAGGAGCUGCGCUGCCGCUCGCGCACCGACAUCUUCAAGAGCACCACGCACGCCAUGCUGCGCCUGCCCAGCUACCGCUUCCGCCGCCGCUCCCGCUCCUCGUCCCGCUCCACCGACCCCUCGCGCUCCCGGGACCCCUCGCCCGUCGGCGGCAGCGGGGGGAAGAACUUCGGCCUGCCUCCGUCGGCGCUGCUCUCCCAGGGCCCGAUCUCGGUGUCCACCUUACCGAACCCACACUCCCGCUCCCACACGGCGCUGGCCGGCGGCGACAUCUCCCUCUACACGCUGUCCCGAGACCCCAAACUGGGGGGUCUGCCGCCCAUGUACGGAACGGUGGACAGGGCCACGCUCUACCAGCUGCACAACUGCUUCCCAAAGGACGGCGGCGGCGGGGGAGGCGGCGUGAUGAUGAGCGGUACCCUCCCCUCGCUCAAGUCCCACAAUCCUUCCAAUUCUUCCAACUCCAACGCGCAGAUGCCCAACUCGGUGGGCUCCGGACCGCCGCCCUUCACCUCGUCCACGGUCGACCGGGAGCGAGGGAUGGGGACUCUGGACAGGCUGAAGGGCGACCGGGAGAGCAACUCCAACACCCUGAACCGGAAGACAACGCCCGUGUAG